AUGAAUAAAGAAUAGAGCAGAAUCCAUGAUAAAAAUUAACCUAAAAGUGCACUAAAAAAAGAAAUUAAAAAAGGAAAUUAGAUUAAAAGGUUUGAUAGAAAGGGGCAAGAAAUUAAAUAAGGUUCAAAAUAUGAGAUCACAAUCAAUGACAAGGCCUAAUUUUUCACUCUUAAUGAUAAUGAUAAUGAAAUCGCUAAUCUAGACUUAUCCAAUUCCUCGAAAUAUGAAAACACAGAGAGUUGUUCUAAAACUAACCUUAGGACUUCUAGAAGUCUAGAACUCAAUUCGAAGGAGGAAGCGUUUUUGAAGAUGCUGAGUUAUAAUUUCGAAUAAAAUAAGAAAAAAGGAAAAGGAAAAGAAUGUUGUAUUAUUUAGUGA